AUGUUCCUCGCUGGCCUCGCAUACAGGCUGUACUUUGUCAGCCACCAUCUGUUACUUGCCCAAGCUUCCAGGACCGCCCAGACUAUCUUGAGCGCGGUUGUGGAAGGAGAGCCGCAUCGACCGCCAUGGGCGCAACCUCCGCCACCGGACGCGACGGGGCAUCUCAUCUUUGGUUCGAUGAGCGGACUGCCUCUGCGGUGGCCGAAUACGAUGAGGAAGAAUGGACAUACGAUCGCGCCAGGACGCAUACCACUAGGGACCAUGCUCUACCACGGCACUUACCUGUCCAAUGGCACUGCUCCCACUACAAGCGACUGGCUUGGCUUCGAUGCAGAAGUGGGUUAUUUGUACUGCGGCAACCCGUGCCGCAUCGCGUCGUAUGUCGCAACGCGCGACCUCAAAGUUCUGUAUUUCGACGGCUUCAGUGCCGCUAAGGUCCCGAACAGCAGUCAUAUGGAGACCCAGGACCUACUCGCGUGGGGCUCGAUCCAUCAUGAGCGCAUUCGUUGGGAGCCCCAGCGACUGAAAGCGUUGUGCGACUGGGGUCGUGAGUUUGGCAUCGAUGGGUUUGUACGCAUGCAAUGGGAUUUCGAGUUGAUGUACUGCGACAUCGCCGAAGGACUUCGUCUGGUAGAACUCUCCGACCUGCCGCCCCAGUCCGAUGCCCUGGUUGGUAAUGGACAGCCUCCUCGUCCCGCCGGUUGGAAGGGCGAGUUAAUGAGCGGUACCCACACCUACAUCGAAGCUUUUCUUGCCGGUCAGCGCCAUGAUCGCCUGCCCGGAGAGGCGCGCGUACGCAUCAACUUCGGGCAAGUCGUAUCAUUCUAUGAUCCUGCACUCUCCAGCCUCUUUCCAGGACGGCGCGGCAAGUCGCGCGCACACCACAACAUACAGGAUAUCUCGCCGGAGGACAUCUUUACCAAACUACAGGAAGUACGCUCCGUCUUGACGCGGGAAGAGCUCGGAAGCGGACUGGAUUGGCCAGCCCUCUUCCAGGCUGUCUAUGAUCGGUAUGCCGACCGCUUACAGACCCUCAACGACACGCUAGCGUCUGCAGACGCCACUAUCGCACACAUGAAGAACGCGCGGCAAUUCGUUCUGGCAUUACUCGUUCACCAUAUGCGGCCUACCGACGUACCUCAAGUACCCGGGCAAUCGGAUGUCUCGUGGAUGUCCCCCGUUGUAGAACGCUGCUCUCGCUCGCCGGCAACCCACGUCAAAGAUGCGCUCUUCACUCCGCAAGAGCGCCUCCUGCGCGAUGCCGUCGGGCAGACUCUGCACGAGAUCUGCCGCAGACUUGGCCUCAUAUGGAUUGACGCCUUCGACAUUGAGAACGUGCAUGUGGAGGAGAGGCAAGCGGCGGCCUCGAGAUGGAGAACGCACAUACGCGAGCUUCUGCAAUACUUGGACUGGCCGCAGUUCAACAGAUGCGUCCCCGGGUGCGCGAUCGGGGAAAUGUGCUAUAUCUCCAUGGUGCCAUAUCCUUGGCCUGAAGACGCGCCAGAUAAUAUAACCCCGCGAUGCAUUUCCCAGAAGUAUAGAGACUGGCCGUCGGACGAUCCUGGACGAGCAUGA